AUGGAGGUGACCACCGCGAUACUCCAUGGUAGGACCAUGCAGACCCUCAUGUUAAAUUCAGUCUUUGAAGAGUUUAAACUUAUUAAUAACAUGUUUCUGGUAACAGUUGAUAUGAACUUCAAGACAGAAGGUGAAGGGAAGCCUCGGGAGCUUUAUUGCGGCCUAAUUUUAAUGGAGCGGCCCGUGCCUACUAGCAAAGGCGGCGAAUUUGGAUUUGUAACUGCUCUUCAAACACACAGGGUGUUUGUAGACUCACGGCGCUCGCCGUGCACAGUUGAUAUCUUUACAUCUUACUUCGAUAAACACAGAUGUCUCGAAUCAUCAAGAGAUCCGAGACUGAACAUACGCGUAUUUGGAUCGUUUUUGCCGCAUGCAAUUCUGGGGCGGUUUCGCGUCGUGUGCUCGAUCCUGCGUAUGCUCUACCUUAUCCUUGCCGCCAUAUUCACAGGACAUAUGGGCUACGAUCUUGUGUUUAAUGAUCAAGUGGCAGUAGUGAAUCCACUUCUCCGCUUGAUUGGGAUGUGUGACAUGGUGCUGGUCAAUUCCAAAUUCACCGCAGAAACAUUCUGUCAAACAUUCCCAUCCUUCAGGUGCGAACAGCCUGACUAUGGAUUCGCUGCGCAUCCAUCAGAGGCCUUCGAAUGCGUUGUUAACGACAAGAAGGCCAAACCCCGUGUACUGUACCCGCCGGUUAGCACGGAGGUAGAAGCAUUCCAGCUGCACGGCGGCAGUGACAACUCCGAUGCUACCUUCAGCGAGCUAGAAGGCUUUGAUUUAUCAGUGCCCUUUGCUACUUCUCUAAACCGCUUCGAAGAAAAAAAGAACGUGGAGCUUGCAAUAAGAGCCGUGGCAAGUCUUCCACGACGGAUAAAGUGCAACUUGAUCGUAGCAGGAGGUUUCGACCCACGUCUACCUGAAUGCAACAAAUAUUUACAGCGACUCGUGAAACUUUCGAAGGAGCUCAACUUUUGCGUUCAUGGUUGUGACGAUGGUGUAGACGCCAACGCAUCGGUUACCCACAACUCGGAGGGUCGUUGUAUUCUGUUCCUCAAGAAUGUACCGUGUGAAGCAAUGUUCGUCGGUACUCUUCCCGUGGCUUGCAAUACAGGUGGACCCCGGGAAACCAUCGUCGACGGAGGAACGGGUUUCCUCUGCGCCCCCACGCCGGAGUCUUUCUCUGCUGCUCUUGAGCGCAUCGUGUUGCUGUCGGUGCAGAAUCCUGAAGAGCUGGCGGCCAUGCGCUCCAAAGCUCAAGCGCAUGCAGCCAAUUGCUUUUCACCAGAUGUGUUUCGUCGGUCCCUUCAAGCUGUUAUUGAAGAUGUCACAGGAAACUGGGAUGACAACUCCUUGGGACAUCUCAAGAAAGGCUAG